AUGACCGAAAUUCACAUUGACAGUUCCUGCCUGCCUCCAGUCCAGGAAGUGUGCCGAGAUUUCGCCGUCCUGGAAGACAGCGCGUUGGCCUACUGUCUGCAAGAACAAGAGAUUGAGCUGCAUUAUGCGUCCAAUAUCCAGAAGAACCAGCUGGUCCAGAAUGACCUCCGCAUGGCCAAGAAACUUCAAGACCAAGAGGUGGAAGCCCAGAAGCUUCAGGACAGCAGGCAACUGAAAGACAGCCAAGAGGGAGAUCCCGAAAAUUCCCGGGCCAUCCAGAAAGAUCUUCAAAGGAAAUCGGGAGAAGAUGAUCCAAAGAAGAAGGCAGCGAAAGAUCAGGAGAAAGUCAAGCGGUUCCACAACCGGGAGAAGGACGAGAGUGGUCAGCCAAAGCCGAGGCCGUCCCGUGGGGCGAGAGAUGGCACCCCUGAACCCCUGCAUUGGGAGAUGGCCAGACUGGAACUCCAGAUCCAGCAGCAGUUCCAGGAAGAUGUGGAACUGGCCCAGAAGCUGCAGGAGGAGGAAGAACAGGAGCAGACGCGCAUCAGAGCCAGGAGGAACCGGGAGCAAGAUGAUGACUACAGGGCAGCUCAAGUCGCCCAGGACGAGGAAAUUGCACGUUAUCUGCAAGACAAGGAACUGCAGACCCACUGGGGCUCCCCGCGCCCGGAAAGGCAGCAGGACCAGCCCCCCAAGCGUCACGAGGGAGAAGGCGACUGCAGCCCAGAGAAGGACUCGUGGCAGAGUGGCAGGAGUCCCCCCCUGCUGAGGAUCCAGACCCAGGAGGGCCCAGAUGUGACGGUGACAGCGCCCUCCAUCGAGAAGAAGUCAGUGCCGCCUCCGGCUGACGGGCUGCUUUAA